GCCGUAGCUGGGAGGCAGCGUCCGUUAUGCUAACAGGCUAACAGCUAGCUCGGCUCUAAGAGAGUCAACCGUGAGCUAACGACCUAGCUGUUAUUUAUAUUUAAAACAAUCUUCCGUGAUAAACGUUUAAUGUUGAGGCCCGACGUCACAGUCUGUAGGAACUGAUCUAAGAUCAGCCUUACCUCUAAACACUGCGAGUGAUUAGCUUAGCACGCUAACCUUUGUGUGUUUGUUGUUAGCAGUGAAGCUAAUCACCGGGUCGAACACGGGAUGGAAGUGAGUUAACGCCCUGACCCGGGUCUGACACGGGUCUGUGGCUCGAGAUGCAGCGGAGAGGAGGGCCCGUUAACCCGCGCUAAACACGAUGGACGCGUGCAGUAGGAACCCGAACCGCACGGCGCCGGUCGCUGACGAUGACGGACUCCGGCGGGCCGACGCGCCGCUCUGCUCCCGGACCAACGGGUGGAGCUGGCCUCCGCACCCCUUCCAGCUGCUGGCCUGGCUGCUCUACGUCUACUUCGCCGUCACCGGCUUCGGCGUGUUCGUCCCACUGCUGCCCCCCCACUGGAUCCCUGCAGGCUACAUCUGUACUGGAAUCACCUUCGUGUGUCACCUGUGCGUCCACCUGAUGGCUGUGUCCGUGGACCCGGCCGACCACAACGUCAGAACCAAGAGCGACAGAGGUCCGGUGCCAGAGUUCGACCGCUCAAAACACGCCCACGUCAUUGAGAACUGCCACUGCUACCUCUGCCAGGUGGACGUGGGUCCCAAGUCGAAGCAUUGCAGUUCCUGUAACAAGUGUGUUUCUAACUUCGACCAUCACUGUCGCUGGCUCAACAACUGUGUGGGCAGCAGGAACUACAGGUUGUUCCUCCACAGUGUGGUCUCGGCUCUGUUGGGGGUCUCUCUGGUUCUGGUCGUUGCCUUUUACGUCUUCAUUGAGUUCUUUCUGGACCCGUCUAAACUCCGCUCUGACAAACACUUCCUGGUGAGGAACGAGACAGCCGUGUGGUUUGUCUUCCUGCCGGUGGCUCCGGUCCGGUCGGCUGCAGCAGUGAUUCCCGGUCUUGCUGCCGUCACCGUCGCUCUGGGUCUGCUGUCGUCUGUGCUGCUCUGCCACCUGCUCUGCUUCCACCUCUACCUGAUGUGGAACCGACUCAGCACCUUUGAGUACAUCGUGCGUCAGCGUCACCGUCACCGUCAGGACGGCAGAGACUCCAGGAAACCAGGAUCAGUGAAGGAGCCGUCGCUCCACCUCAUCAAGGACGUGAACUACUCGGGGACUCUGGGCUACACCAACCCUCAGCAGGACGUGGAGGAACCGAACAUUGUGUCUGUGCAGGGGGAGGCAGAGUUCCUGUCUAAUGGCAGAGUGAGGACCGUGUCCAGUCCUGUCAUGGAGGAAGAAGCUCCGCCCACAACGUCUACUGAGCUGAAAGCAGCAGAACACACACACCGACGCACACAGAAAAAGAAGAAGGUCCGUAAAGUUCCAGUACAGGUCACCAGAGGGCGUGGCCCGGGUUCAGCCCCGCCCCCCGAGCCCACCAGUAUGUCCUCUGUGUCUCUGGGUCCCCGGCUUCCUUUCCCAGCAUUCCCUCUGAGGGCCUCCCUGCCCCCCCUGGCCCCCGUCCCGGUCCCGGGUCCCGUCCAGGCCGCCGCCCCUCCUGCUGAGUACCACUCGGACUCUGCGGAGUCUCUGGAGGAGAUCCCCGUGGCGUUGGCCAAAUUGGGCUCUUCAUCCUCCGCUUCCGGAGACGCUUCCUCGUCUUCACACAGAGUCGUCCCAGCGUUCCCACUCCCGUCCCCCCAGCCCAGGACGAAGAGGAAGGCCACCUCCUCCUCUUCCUCCUUCCGCGGUAAUAAGAGCACCGUGGAGCUGAGGUUUGAGAUGGCCUCCACCCAGCCACCCGUGGUGUUCGUCAGCCGGGCCAGCGGAGAGGCCUCCGAGCCCUGGGAGGAAGGCCUCAGUCUGGGCAGGAGGUUGCUGACCAGCUCCAGACCGCCGGGAUCCAGACCCGGGUCCAGGUCUGGGUCCAGACCGGCGUCUCGGGUGUCACUGGGCUCAGGUGCAACGUCCUGGAUGGAGCUGUGACCCGGAACAAUCUAAUCCCACUCUCUCUUUUUUCUCUCUUUUUUUGUAGCCAUGCACAACGAUCUUUAUUUAAUUUAAACACUUGUUUUUGUGUCUCUUGACUAUUUAUUGAUUUUGUUUUACGAUGACUUUUUAAUUCUGAAUGCCAAAGCUGAGGUCAUGUUUGUGCACAAUCUUUAUAAAUGAAGUUACUGAACCUUGAAAACCUUAACUUUGUACGUCACUGAGAGGCUGUUCAGUGUGUUUGUAUCUCCUUAAUGGUACUAACCCCCCCCCCCAUGGAAUGCCAUCACUCCCAGUUGUUUUUACUGUGUCCCAGUUUGUCUCCAUGGUAACCCAGGGAUGAUAUCACUUCCUGUCCAGCACUAACAACCUGAAAAACACGCUGCCAAAUUACAGUAAUGCUAACGCUAACACACUCCUGACAUGAUGGCCGAAGGAUCAAUAUUGAAUACUAAUUUUAAUCAGGAGUCAUUUAAAGUUCAUACUAAAACACAUAAAUGAACCAUCACAGUACGGUAAAUUAUUAAAACUCACUAUUGUAAAAUAUUACACAGUUUAUCUGAUAUCUUCAUGUUAAAAAGCUCUUUCACAGCAAUUUUGUGACACUUUUUUCCACUUUUCAGCCAAUCACGUGCCGCCAGCCCCUCUAUUGUGAUGUCAUUGUUGUGUAUCACCUCCCCCCCCCCCAUCCUCCUCUUCUCGUUCUUUUCUGAGAGUCGCAGUGAAACCGUUCUCAUGUCUGGAGUUAAUAUGAAGCUACAGCCAGCAGCUAGUUAGCUUAGCUUAGAUAAGCUAAGCUAAUCUUGUCUCUCAGCAUUGAUCACAAACAGGAUGUUUGUUGAUCUUUUACAGCCGUCGGCUGAUUUUACCUGUCUAACAAUAAAUGACUGAAAACUGAUCACUUAAAAAAAAAAAAAAACUUUUAUAUCCAAAAAUGUGCGUGUGUGUGUGUGUGUGUGUGUGUGUGUGUUGUUGCAUGUCACCGUCCCUCCGCGAAGAGAGGAGUUGCUUCGGCAACGAGCCCCGACAACACCAAAACGAUGUUGAUCAAAAAGGAGCGGCAAUGAGAAGUAUGUCUCUCACACACACACACACGCACACACACGCACACACACAGGUCUUUGUGUGUUCACUUCACCAACAAUCUCGUACUGGUUUCCAUUGAACUGUUUGAUCUGUAACCUGAUGCUGCAGUGUGCAGGUAAACAUGCCGUGGUGUCGACCUGUCAAUCACCGUGUAGCCCCGCCCUAAAGCAUC